GGAACAACAUGUGCAGGACCCUGGUUGUUUGAAAACCCUCCGCUUCUUAAAGUCUCGUUCCUGAGUUACCGCUCUGCUGGAGAUUCGUUUCACUUCAAAACUUGUGGGGGAAACAACAAUCAGCUUCUUUUAGAUGUUCACUCUGCUGUUUUAAUUGGUGCUGUGACCUGUUUACCAUGGCUGCUUUGUUCGCUUGCGAGGAGCCAGCCACAUGGAGGAGUGUGUAUGAACGCUACUGGGAUGUAGUGGAGACCAAGGCCAAAGGAAAGAAACCUGGAAAGCUGCUGGAGCUGGAAAAAUGGUUCCAGGAGGAGCUGCCUACAGUGAUCUCGAGUCGACCCGACAAACACAUCACUCUGUCAGAGCUGGUGAAGCUGAUGGAGUGGAAGCUCACUAGAGGGAAGUUCAGGCCAAGGCUGCAGCAGCUGGUUGCUUCUAAUGGCGAGGAUGUGGUGAAGAAAAGCUCCAAAGAGGCUUUUGGACUCCUGCCUGAUGUGCAGGCAGCGAUCACCCGACUCAGCUCACUAAAGGGAGUGGGUCCAGCCACCGCUUCAGCUGUGUUGGCAGCUGGAGCUCCAGAUCUGACUGCGUUCAUGUCUGAUGAGGCCGUGGAGAGCCUUCCGGGGCUGAAGCCCAUUCAGUACACAGCUAAGCACUACGCUCUGUACCUGGACAAGAUGGUUGCCCUGGCUGCAAAACUAAACAAAGUGGAUCCACAGCGGGACUGGACACCCCACAGGCUGGAGCUGUGUUUGUGGGCGAUGACCACAGCCGCGCGACUGCAGCUCCAGCUUCUGACAGAUGUUGAUGUGAAAGGCAGCGGCACACAGGAGAAAACCCCAGACCCUGACCGAGAUCAGAGACCAGCAAAGAAGCUCAAAAUUCUAUAGUCAUUCAGCUUUUUUUCAUUUACCUACUUGAAAGUUUCUUUAAUGUUUGCAGUUUUUUUAACAAAAAUACAUUUUUAAAAUAAAAAUAAAAGCUUUUA